AUGCAACAACCAGACUAUUAUGAAAUAUUACAAGUUGAUAAAUCAGCAGAUAUAAAAGAAAUAAAGAGAUCAUAUAAUCAAUUAGUACUUUUAUAUCAUCCCGAUAAAUUAUUACAACAGCAACAACAACAGCAACAACAACAUACAAUAGAUGAUAAAUUUACAGUAAUACAAAAGGCAUGGGAAUGUCUAAGAGAUGAUAAACAACGUAAACUAUAUGAUCAUUCAAUAUUAGAGGCAUCAAGACAAAAGUAUUCAAUCACCGACGAGAUUGAUUUGGAUGAUAUGGACUAUCAACAAGAUACCAAUGAAUAUUAUUAUCCUUGUCGGUCCAUGUCUCACUCUAUAGAAAUAGAGAGAAAAGAAAUAGAUAGAGAGAUAGAGAUCAUGUCAAUAAAUCAUCAAAUAACAUCAUCAUCAAUACAUUUUGAAGAAUGGGCACAUAUAAACAAUGAAAUACUUUAUACUCAAGUAAAUGAAGCUGUUCAAAUCCAAGUAGCAUUUAUAUUAUUAACUGGAAUGUUGGGAUUAUUUCUAUUAACGACAUUGGCAUGGAUAUAUUAUCGAUCACCUAUAUCAAGAUUCUAUGAUAUUAAACAAUCAUUCAACUUUAGAUAUAUCAACGAUUCACCAUUCACUCCCAUGACCAAAGAAUUAGAAUAUAAAAUUAAAAGAUAA